AUGGAAUUCGUGGAAAUAACCCCCGACACUCCCGACUCCAUCAUGGCCGUUUUCUCUCUCAUCAUUAUCAACAAGGCCGGUGGUCUGAUCUACCAACGCGAGUUCCAGGCUGGCUUGCGCAAGCUUUCGACCAACGACUACCUCGUCCUCGCCGGUACCUUUCACGGUGUUCACGCCAUCACGCGCUCCAUCACACCCAAAAUUCCCCUCGCUCCGACCACGAACUCCCCCGCCGCCUCCCCCGGCACCAGCACGCCUGCGGCGUCAAGCUACAGCUAUCCCAACCCUGGCGCCUCCGUAUCAGGACUAGAUUAUCUCGAGUCGGACAAGUUCCGAUUGACGUGCUUCCAGACGCUGACCGGCACCAAAUUCCUGCUUUUUACGGACCCCAUGACCGGCAAUGUGGAAACCAUCAUCAACAAGAUCUAUGACUUGUAUGCGGACUACGUGAUGAAAAACCCCUUCUACCAACUGGAGAUGCCGGUGCGAUGUGAAGCGUUCGACCGACAUCUGGGGGCGUGGCUGAGGGGGAGAACAUAA